AUGUCCUUCUCCUCGUCGCUGCGAACAUUAGCUAGCUCAUCGCGUAUUGCUGCCCGAAUAUCGCGUCGUCAACAUGGCUUUUCUCUAGCAACAAGAACACUCGUUUCAGCGUCGCUGAGGCCUGCUCUCGUUCCGUCAUCGAGGACGAGACUACAAAAUGCCCUGCCUCGGGUGAAUUACCAACCUCAAAGAACCAUGUUCAUCCAGACCGAGAGCACCCCCAACGAGGACUCCCUCAAAUUCAUCCCAGGCGUACCUGUCAUGGAGGAAGGCUCAGCCGAAUUUCUGGAUACACGCUCUGCCCUGGCGUCACCCCUUGCCCUGAGACUGAUGGGCAUUGAAGGUAUUACUGGAGUAUUCUAUGGGCCUGACUUUGUGACAGUGUCCAAGAGUUCGGACCACCCCUGGGCGGUCGUUAAGCCCGAAGUAUACGCCCUCUUGAUGGAAUUUUUCUCGUCUGGGCAACCCCUCUUCAGAAGUGAAGAGGACCGAGAAGCUGCUGGACCCCAGGACACCCGGAUAUUGGACACGGAUUCCGAAACAGUUGCGAUGAUUAAGGAACUGCUGGAAACACGAGUUCGCCCAGCAAUCAUGGAAGACGGAGGAGACAUCGAGUAUCGCGGCUUUGACGAGAAUGACGGCAUCGUCCGUGUCAAGCUAAAAGGCAGUUGCCGCGGUUGUGAAUCUAGCUCUGUGACCUUGAAGAGUGGGAUCGAGCGGAUGCUAAUGCAUUAUGUUCCAGAGGUGAAGGGUGUCGAGCAGAUACUGGAUGAGGAAGAGCAAAUUGCGCUCGAUGAAUUCGAGAAACUGGAAAAACGACUGGCGGAGAAGGAAGGCAAAAAGGACUCGCCCAUGGCCCAGUACAUGUCGGUAUGAGACAAGCCCUGCACAGCGCCUCUUGGCUUAGCCAUAUUGCGAGGAUGAUGCCCCACGUUCCGUUGCAUGGGACUUUGGGUACCUGAUGAGUACCAGGACGGACACGCACUGUGGCGAGAAAACCGCACUAAGGACUCAGCUGACUGGUAAUUACGGACUUGUGUGGAUUAAUUAGUAUUCGCAUUUGUGUUAGAGAGCAGAAAUAGAGUUUAUG